AGUCUGCACUCUUGGGCUUGGCCCUCUCCUCUACCCUAUUGUAGCGCAUUCAGCACACGUGUCCAUUUUGGAAGUAACCACAUUUCUCGCUGUGUUCUGCGUUGCUGCCUUAGACAAAAUAUGAAUGCUCUGUGGUUGGCGCAGCUGAGUAGCGGACGCUACAGCUUACGCUUGCACUGUUGUUCCGAUCAAACAUCGAUAGCUGACGUAGUAGUACUGUGUCUGCUCUAUUGUCGCGAGCGCCAGAGGCUCCUUGAAGGCGUCGGACUUAUUUACUUAAUUAGUGUAUAUAUUUUCUCGGCACAUAAUUUAACACUAAGAGAGUUUUUAUAUUUACGUCGCCGCUGUGCGUUUCAUGUGUUGGCACAUCUGAGCAAAGUAAUCCUCGUAAUCCUGUUGCUGCCUGUUGCCACCAGGUUGCUGCAACCGCUGGAGUAGGCGUCGAGUCGCGUUGAGUGGUUGAGUGAUAGUGUCUAAUGUUGCCUUGCCAGUAAGAUUGACCAGACUUGACUUCAUGAAAGAUCAACUGUUCGGAUUUUGUGUUUAUUUGUUAUUCUUGUGCGAGUAAUGAUAUUUUAAAUCUUAGAUGUUAUUUGGUUCAGGAUGUGUUGCUAUCAGUGCAUUUUGCAGGUUAGAAGUGACUGUUAUGUGUUAUUUGUCAAGCGAUAAAAAAGUAUACUUCUGAACGUGAUACGCAAAGGAAUGUGAAAAGAAAAUUCUGCCUUCUUUGACUGACUUUUUAAUUAGAGCAGGAGCAUUUUGACAGUGUAAUUGUAAACUAAAUAAAAAUGGCAAGUACCAGUGUUAUUAAGUCAGUUCCACCGCAGGAUCUUUUGACAGAAUUAAGAACUUUUGUGGCUGGAGCUACACGUGCUGUCAAAACAAAUCCCUUGGAACUUGCUCGCACUGCUCUCUCCUUAUUAAAGACCUUACCAGCAGCCAGAGAUGCUGUGUUAGAGUACUUUUGUACUCUAUUUGAUUCUGCUGUCUCAAAAUAUGUGGCACAAAUUGAGAAUGAUGCCAAUCCUAGUGGUGGUCACGAAGAGGCAACAAUUGCGGAAAUUCAUAGUGUCUUAUGUAAUUUUGUUAGUAACAAUCCAGAAGCCUGGGCUCCAAUAAUUUCUACAUGGUCUCUUGAGCUUCUAGGAGAAUUAUCUAGUCGUUAUGCAGGAAGAGCAAGAGUACCUCUAGGUGCUGGUUUGAAUGAAUCUUUACAACUCUGGAUGUCUUGCAGAGCCACACGAACUCUUAUAGACAUUACAACACAAUGUCUCUCAUGUUUAAUGCAUUCUAACACAGAAACUUGUAUCAAUGCAUUAUUAAAUACAAGUGUAGCUCACAGUCCCCAUUUUGAUUGGGUUGUAGCUCAUGUCGGAAGUUGUUUUCCUCAAACUGUUAUUACAAGAGUUCUAUCUUGUGGUCUGAAAGACUUUUGUCAACAUGGUUCAAUGGAACAGGGAGCAAAGUCUCCUAAGGUUUUAUCAGUGGUGGGCAUCCUUGGCCAUCUUGCUGCUAGUCACAUAGUUAGCAUUCGGCUGGCUCUUCUGGAUCUCUUCAAGUGGAGUCUGCAGCCACCCAAGCCUGGUGAAGAAGCUCAACGACGUGCCACGGUGCCUUUUCUGCUUCAACUGGGAUCACUAUCUAUAAAUGUGGAUAUGUUGCCCCAAUUGGCCGAGCUUGCACCUGGUUGGUGCAUUUACUUUGGUGGGCGCCAGGCAUUAGAAGAUUUAAUAGUGCAUUUAGCCAGAAAUUGUGAAGAAGGUGGAACUCAAAUGUUACAUUUGUUACUAGAUGCCUCCUCACCAGUUGAUGCCUCAAAAUAUCAUUCAAAUGUUGCCUUAACAAGUCGUAGAAUUCUUGAGUUAUUGUUGCAAGAGUUGGAUUUAAUGUUGAGAAGUGCGGGGCCAGGUGCCUACCCAAUACCACUGUUGGAUUCUAUACGUCAAAAUGUUGCUUCCAUACAACCUCUUCUUCUAAGUUCUGAUCUUCUGAGAGUACAGAUUGCUGUACGAUUGUUUGGAUUGUUGGCUCAUCACAGUCCUGCAGUUCUAGUGAAUGCAGUUGCAUUUCUUCUUCAAAGAGCCACCAAGGACGAGCAUUUGGCUGCUGUAAUGAGAUUAGUUACUGACGCUGUAUGUGCAUCUGCGUAUUCCACAUCAAGUUUAGACAAGGAGCGUGGAGACAGCUUCAAGAAUAACUAUUUGGCUCAAGCAUUGGAGCAAGCUAUUCGUAACUCUGCAAACAAUGACUUGAUUUUAGAUGAUAAUAUUGGUCAAGUUGCAUCCGAACAACUCUGGCUGAACUUAGCACGUAUGCUAAAAUGGGAAAUUAGCAGAAGACCAAGAGCGUUAGAAGCACAUCUCAUAUCAGAUGCUGUGUGUGCUUGCUUACGUGAAGCUUCUGAACUUCUUCGGUGCCCUCCAGAGCCGGCUGUUGCACAUGCUGUGGCUUCAACAUUAGAUUUAGUGGACAUACUUGGCCAGAACCAUCGCCGCUUAUCGGGGCCUAAAUUAAAGCACAUGAUUCGUCUCACAAAAGCAAUUGUAGCAUAUUUCUUCCUUUGUGUGUCGGAGAAAGAUUGGGUAGUACGACUCAAAGGUGCCAAUGUGUGUUGUCGGCUGCUUACACAGUUGGCCAUUCACUCAGCAGCAAUUCGUUCACUAGCCCUCAGAGAACUAUUGGAAGGGGCCUUGUUUCAUGCACCUACACAUUUGUUUGGUGCUACAACAAAAAUUUCCAAAGAUCGGCCACCAGAAGUUCGUUUGCUUCAUGAAAACCAUAAACAGGGAACCAGUGUAAUUUUAGCCCAUCGUCAUUCCAGUAUGUUUCAUGCAGGUGUUAUUGGUAAUGGGCCAUAUCGCCAUACAUCAGUUGCAAACACUAUCCCACAAGAGGACAUAUCAGAAAAUAUUAGUUUAUUGAUUGAUGUCAUAAAAGCCUGUUGCACAAAUCCUACUGCUGGUGACCAAAAUGCUCCAAAUUCAUUACCUACAUCACUGGAUGCGGUGACCAAUGUUUCAUUACUGCUUGUCGAACUGUUAUCUCCUGAUGUCAUGUACAAUGGUUUACCAUGGCCUGAGGAAGAAUUCAGCAAAGUAACUGUUGAAAGGGAUCUCAGUAUUCGACAACGUUUUGAUGAAUUACCAAUUACCUGGGCAUUAUUGUCAUUUGUGGCAUCGCAUCGACCUGCACUCUGUUACUGUUCUGUGCUCCUGCGUGCUCUCACUGCCACCCUCAUGGCUCAGUGGGCUGCCAGAAGAAGUGCUGGGCCUAGCCCAGAUCUGUGCUCGACAACAGUUCGCCUCCUUGAACUUUUAGCAUUGGGCCAACUUUUACCACCACCACUUGCUUCAUUGCGAGAAUUGAUUCCACACUUACUACCACAAGAGGUUGUUCAGCUUCUUCGAGACUGUGUGUGGAACUAUAUGCGUGAUAAUGUCCCUUCACCUGCUCUGUUUACUCGGGAUGCAUCAGGACUUAUGUGGCGUGAUGCAACUUUAGCUAUUCCUGGUCCUCAAUACACAGAUUCUUUGCGUUUCAUCAUCCAGAAGAAUAUUAAAAAACUAGGAUAUCUUUAUCCACAGUUAUUUCCUGACACAAGCAAAUGAAUUUUAUUUUAAUUAAGUAUUGUUUUGUACAUUUGUAAGAAAUAAUGGUAAUUAAACGUACUGAAAGUAUUAUCAAAGCUUAGUAGCAUCUUUUUUUAUUUUCCUAUUCAUAUCUCAUAAGUAUUUGUGAUGUGUCAGAAUUAAUUAAGUUGUCAAACUUAAAUUUGUGAACAGAAAAUAAGAUAUCUGUAUGGAUAUUAUUUAUAUGUUUUCUUGCGUAAUAUAGUAUAUUUACUGAAAUUCAUUCUAGCUUUUUCAAGAUGUCUUUUUAAUUAUUUUUAAUGUCUAUUGUUCUCAUAUGUAGCUUCAGUGGUGAUAUGGUUAAUUUAUUGGGCUGUUAUACCGAAGUUUGCAGGUUCAAACCCAAUAGAAGCUGUGGAUUUUUGUGGGGAAACAAUCCUUUGUACCCCUUCCUUCAGAAGGGAAGUAAAGUUGGCUGUUCCAUGUUGUAAAAGAUCCUCAAACCUGAAAGAAGCCUCUGAGCUAAAUUCAAAAGGCUUAUUUCAUCUCCUCAGUGAUACAUCUUAUCUCUGCUAUAUGGCAAAAGGAGCAUAGCGGAAUUUGCAUGGUCAGGUGGAAGACCCAGUCUGAUGGCCUGAGCCAAGGUCCAUGUAAAGUAAAGCAUCAUUAAAUUGACUGUGCAACAUUUUGUUGUUUUGGCAUAGCCUUGCCUUUUUGUUCUUCUGGAUUCCAUUAACAAAUAUACUGUGUUCACAAUUUUAUUGGACACAGAUAGUAUCAGGCCUGCAGCCCAACAGAAAAGCCUCAGUCUGGGGGUUUAGCCAGGAUUUUCUGCAGGGGAGGGGAAAAAAGACAUAAGAAAUAUUCAUAUUAAUAAAGUACUGCUGGUUAUAAAAUAAUAAUAUAAUUAAAUAAAUAGCAAUAACUUGUAGAUGUAAAUUUUUAAAAUGGAUAAAUAAGUAAAAAUUGAUGGCAUUAAAAUUAACCAUUUCCAACAAUGAAAAUAAAAUUGAAAAAUGAGCUUGUAUUUACAUAAAAUAAAGGAAUCAUUAAUAUUUAAAGUAUCAAAAAUAUACUAUUUUCUUAUGAAUAAAGAAAUCUCAAAAAAGAAAAGAAUGGCUUUUCAGAAUGCAUUAAUGAAUGUGCCUCCUUCAACGAUGCAGGGAGCAGGUCAUGGACUUGGUUGAACACACCAAAACAGAGGAAAAAAGUGUUAAUGAUCUUCCAAAUGCCAUAUAUUUCUCUUUAAUGUCUAAUCCCAUUUGAUCUCUCUGCAAAAAUACUCGAUGCAGGCUAAUAGCAAAUAAUCGGGCAAUCUGGCUUUUUAAAAAGUGUUUAUUUCUAUGGUUUUAUCAUAAAAUUUGCUAUAUUUGGACUAAUGUGGCACACUGAGUCAAAUAAAAAAUGUUGCAGGAUUAUGCGAGCACAACCUCAACCAAAAAUCAGUUGAUAAAAAUACUAUUAAAUAAUAUUUAUUUAUUAUUUGGUAAAUGUAGUAAAAAGGACAAAAAUAUGGGAUUUAUAGCACCCCCAAACCCAUUUUGAAAACUGUUUUAUUGGUGCCAAUGUUGUUCUUGAAAUGGAAAAGGUUAAUUUUCCAAACAAAGAAAUUUGGAUGCUUUUGGAGAAAUGCUUUUUUAAUAAAUCACAAGUUUGGGUGGAUUUUCUAAAAAUAAAAUUAUGGAUUUCUUUUUUAUAGUUUGUGUGUAUUUUAUAAUGUGUAAAGUAUACUUUCUUUAAGAAACGAGAUAAAAGUUGGAAAUGUAUUGGGGGGGGGGGGGAGCAGGUAUCCCCAACCCCCACCUGCCUGCUAUGUCUAUGCCAUAGUCUAUUCUCCUGGUGUUAAAUUUGUUACCUCUCUGGAUGUUUCAACUGAGAUGAAUGUAGAUAUUGGGUAAGGCAGCCUUGGAUACUGGCACAAAAAAUGGAAUAUAAUUAACUCUCUCUGUGUGUCAAUCUUUAAGAGUAAUUUUGCUGUUAUAUUUUUCACCAGUUUUAUUAGUUGUUAAAGCAUACAGUUAAUGGAUAGAGAA